CGGCGUCAGUCUUUCUGUGAACGUACGACGGUUCGCCUCGAGACGGUCGGACACGUGUUUGGUAGUGUCGUGAGCGUGAGCGAGUGUGUGUGUGUGUGCGACAGAGUCUGUAACGAUACAAUCGGUUGGACGGGAACGUGUGAGGAGUUGGUUUGACGGUACGCGAGAGAUGAUCGCGCACUUUGUGCAGAUCGUGUGCCCUAAUACAGCGUGCGUACAUUAAGCGUGAGUGGAUGUAAAAAAAAGGAAAUACAUCAAAGUCAGCGGGAUCAUUGUCAAGGAUACAUUUAUGUGGUGCUGUGUGACAAAGGCAAACAGUGCUUGGAGUGUGGAAAUCAAAUUUGCAGUGGAUGUUAUGCUGGGCUUAUAUUUAUUAAAAUUAAUAUAACAACAACACACGGGCAGCAAAGCAAAACAAAAAAGCGAUCUUCAUCUCUAACGAAACAAAUUGUGUUGCGGUUAAUGAUGAUGAUGCUCGCCCACCAUCUAAAGGAUUAACGUGUAGCGUUGCGAUAAUUGUUCAAUAAUGCAUAGCAAAAAUUGUGUGCCGUGUAAAGUGUAAGCGUGUGGAAUUGUGGUUUGAAAGGUGUGCGUGUGUGUGUGUGUGCCCUGUGGUUGCAAGAUGCAGAGGCUGCAACGUUGCAUCGUGUGGAAACGGUAGAAAAUGAUAAUUGGUAUUGAAUAGAGCAAUCGCAUAGUGAAUGUUAUAAUCGCCUGGUGGUAAGUGCAUACCCGCGUGCAGUACGUGCUUGUGCUCGGUUUUGCUGUUUGGUGUGGCCAGAUUCGCGAGGCGAUGUUUGUCGUUCGCCAUUGUUGUUUAGUUUGAAAGUGUUUAUCCUUUUGUUGUGUAAAUUAGCCGAAAUCGGGUGAAUGCUAGUGCACCUGCAUCAACACCGUUCAGCCCACCGAUUUACACACAAACCGCCCGUAAUGGAAUUAAGACGGGUUAAAGCGUUUCAACAAAGCUGCAUCUACUGGAUAACAGUACUGACGGUGAUGGUCACGUCACCGUCAUUCCUGCGCGCCGAUCCCGACACACAAAUAUUCCGCGUGGACCCGCUAGCGCUUCUUUCGGGGACGUUGCGCACAUAUCAACGGGCCGGCUGUGAUCGAGAGCUUGUCACAUUAAGCUGUCCCCGCGGCACGAGCAUCUCGAUCGAGAUAGCGCAGUACGGGCGAAGUGGCGAUGCAAACGAACGGAACCUGUGUCCGGCCAGCACCGAGGAUGCACUCGACAUCAGCAUACCGGGGACGGAAAUAGAAAUAAAAGCACCCGAGAGCUGCACCUGGCCAAACGCGUUACAGUACUCGCUGCUGCAAACGGUCGUGGAAGCGUGCCAAAAGAAGCGCCACUGCAAGUUUCUCGCUUCGCCGAAAACGUUCGGCGGCGAUCCCUGCCCGGGCCAGCGGAAGUUCGUCGAGGUGGCCUACAAGUGCCGGCCGUACGAGUUCCGGAGCAAAAUCGCUUGCGAAAACGAUGUAAUUCAAUUAAUUUGCAACCCAUACUCCCGGAUAGCAAUCUACAGUGCGAACUACGGUCGCACCGAGUACGAAAGUCUUCAGUGCGCGCAACCGCAGGGCGUAAAGGAGGAAAAUUGUCUCGCCUCGUACGCCACGGAAACGGUGAUGCAAAAGUGUCACGGACGGCGGAAAUGCACACUUUCGGCGGACAGCACAACAUUCGGCAAACCUUGUCGGCCCGAUUCGAGGAUGUAUUUAAAAGUUGUUUACACAUGCGUGCCUAGGAAGGUGCUGAAGGACCGCUUCGAAGCGGCACCGGAACCAGACGAACCGCUGCAAAGUGACCUCGAACAGGACCAGGACGAGCUGUACGAUGAGGAUCAGUUUUUCCGCGAAUCGGACGCUGCGCCACCUGGUCCAGCACCGAAGCUGCAGGGUGGCCCCACCAACGGUCGUGUGUCGGAUGUGCCGGUGUACGUUGGCACAUCGAGCAGUACCCCGGCGGUACCGCCACGCUCCAUCCACGACAUCAUGGACGAUAGUGACUUUUCGUUCGGUGAAAAUCAGGAGAAGUUCUACCUGUACCUUAUCGUGGCGGUGACGGUCGCCAUCCUGCUCUGUGUGUCGAUCGUGAUCGGCCGGUUGGUGAUGCAGCGGCGACGGACGGCAAAGGACGGGGACGAUAAAUUCCAAACUUCCAACACCGGCGAAACAACGCUCCCGAACGGCUUCACCGACGAUAUAUCGGAAAUCGAUGCGGAUAUCGAUCUGCAGACGCCCCUGCCCGUGCCGAGUGUUUCGCGUAGCGAUUCUAAUCAAACCUGUCUGCCGUUUGCACGCUCUCUGCACGCUUUCUCGCUGCCGGCCUGUGGCUUCCUGUUUCACGAUUGCCAUCCAUCGAACGGGCGCGCUCGGACCGAUUGUGUUGCAUCGCACCAGAGCUACGGACCGUACACACCGUCCCCGGGACCGUACGGCAAUCUGGGGCCAUCGAACAUUUCGCACACCUCUACCACGAUGCUGGUGCCACCGUGUUCGAUGGGUGCCGCCAUCAUGAGCACGUCCCAACCGCCCGGAUAUCUGAGCGGUCCCAUCAACAUCAUGCCGUCGCAGUUGGGUUCGAGUAUAGGUGCGAUAAGAACGCCGCUAGCCGCCAUGACAACACUGCCGAGGCCCCACCAAGGCUCGCAGCAGCAGCAGCAGCAGCUUCCGCCCGGUUUUCUCGGCGGCUCGGUAAUUGGCACUCAAACGCUUCGCCGUCUAUCGAGCGACCACGACGGUAAUACGCCCCGCAGUCUCAGUAGAGGAGCGACCAACGCGCAGUACUACUACGGAUGACAUCCGGUUCCUUCGCAGCCGGCUCUUAUCGCCACGUCCGGUCCGCCCGGUUCCGGAACGGUGCAGAGCCACACCAUCGCGCAGCAUCAGCAACACCCGUCCCAACUGUCAACCACCUCCUCCUGUACCUCCUCCUCCGUCUCCUCCCACCCCAGCCAGCAGCAACAUCAGCAGCCCCAACAUCACCCACAGUCCAUCCUCAAAAACAAGGAACCAACGAUCAGCGAGCGGGAGGACACCAUCGUGAUGUGUCCGCCCAAUCGGACGUACUGUUUCUAGAACUACAGCAUAAUCCUGCUAAGGAAGCAACACACCACCAUCACCAACUCCUCUUCCGGCAUCAUCCCGCAGCGCUACAAUAAUGGCGAGAGCGCGAGCGCACUGGACCGGGAUCUGGUGUAUCUGUGAGACAAGUUUGCGAAAGCUAAUUAAACUUGGCUCCACACCGAAACCUUGACCGGGGGGCACUCUUUUCCGCAAAAUUUUGCAAAUGAAAUGUGUCGCGUCCGGGACAUCACACAACUAAUCCGUCGUAGAUCCGUCGUGCCCACCCGUCCUUGCUGCCCCAAGCCCCCAGCGCCAGAGUUCCCCAUUCACCGAGCUAUAAACACAACCAAACCAAACAAUAUUACGAGUGAGAUAGAGCUAGCCGGUUGGUAUACAUACCGGCACCGGCAGAUGGCGUAAUGGAUCCAUCCAUCCAGUGGAGAUAUACUUAGUAUUUCAUGCGCGUCAUCCGUCAAACGGGAGCUUAUCGUUCGAGGCUGCGUCACUGUACCGACGCGUACCACCCGGGGGACUUGCCAUUGAGUACCUUCCCCACAGUGGUACUGGAAGAUAGUGACCCAGGGUCUUGGGCAGUGGCAGCACAGAGGAAGUAUUAGCGGGAAAAGGUGUUCAACGUUCUUCAGGCAACAGGAGACACAGGUAAAUGGCGCGAACCACAACACACACACACAAUUCACAAUUCAACUCACUCUGGAUGUGUUCUGAGCCGAGGGCGAUUUUGUUGUAUAUUCUCACUGUUCGAAUUUUAUCGUAAGCCAAAGCUGGUAAGGAGGAAGACAUAGUACCUAGGACAUAAUUAGGAAACAAAAAAAAAACUGAAGAACACACACCCACUCAAGCAAAACCCAUCCAGCGGACGGUAGGCGAAUGUAUUAAACUAGAUCUUAUAACAAACAGCUGCUAGAGCUCGGUAUGGCGUGACCGGAUGCCAAAUGCCCUACAGGUGAAACAGUGUGCGUCAAGCGCAAGGCAAUAAAUUGAAACUGUUUUAAGUGACCGCGAGCGAGAGAGAAACAGAGAGAGACACCGAAAGUGUGUGCGUUGUGUGUGUGUACAAAACAAUCGUUUGUGUGCAAUUUAAAAUUGUUAAUUACAGGCCGGCAAAUGCUGGUCUGGGCGGGCUCGAUCGAUUUAAUGUUGCAUACCCAUUCCCUUACGCGAAUGGUGCGAUUUGUGUUUUUGUUUGGCCGGAGCGAAAAAAAAAACAAUCCGUGCACAGAACUGUAUAAAUGUUGCCGGUUUAUAGGUGGGGAGUAUGUAUCUAAGUGUAUGAUAAGUAUGCCGCAUUCAGUAACAGCGGGCUCGUGUUAGGGAAAAUUCGUAGCAAAAGAGAUUUGAUGAACGCUCGCACUAGUCAAGGGAGCGAACCGUUGAUGACCGUGUAUGGCGAGCACUGUUCAGGAAAUGUGGAUGACGAUUUGGUUUCUUUUUUUUUACAUAAAACACACAAACAAAACAGAUUCGAAUGUAUGUUAUGGUAGCAACAUGCGGACAACGGUUUAGCGCACCAACAUCAUGUAGUUUCCAUUCAUCAUUAGCGUAAACAGUAUCAGCGUGGCGUCAACCGGCACACGUUGUGUUCGGUCCGUGACAACUUCAAACUCGCUGCUCGAGAUUAAUGGUUCCGAAGCGACGGUUACACGUCGCACAGUCGAUGCCAAACUUGUCCUAGGCCAUCCAAUCUGCCAAAAACCCGGGCAACCCUUCGAAUCAAGUCUGACAGCUGUCCGUCAUGUGCGUUCCGGAAUCGGGAAUGCUCGCGCACACUACAGCAAAACGCCCGCGUCGAAAUCGGAUCGAUUUCGGGAAAGGUAAUCAGGGUAAGCUUCACGCACGACACAGACAGCAUUGUGCUAGCAAAGCGAUUCGGUUCACUGUCACUUCCCGAGCGAACCCCGAGCACACGCGUUAUCCUGACUAUUGGGAUAAAAGUUGAAGAUUUGAGGAUUUUUUUUUUUGAAUUUGUAUGUUCAACGUGCAAACAAAUUUGUGCCAUUUCUUAUGUGAAACAGAACAGAAAAUUCAUUUGUAAUUUAUUUAAAAGAAGAGAUUUAGUAGAAAGCUUAAUAACAACAAACUGAACCAAAUGUAAAGACAUGACACCCUUUCUUAUGGGUUAACUGAAUUUUCUUUUAAUUUCCAUCUCAAAGUGUGCAAGCAAAUGAACGAACGUAUUGUAAAUUUUUAGGAAAAAUUUAGUAGCAAAAUAUUGAUUUUCGAAACUGAUGCCACUUGCCAAGCCCUUUUGCAUGUGCGGAUAAAAUGGCACACCGCAACAGGAGUAGAUCGAAUGAAGAGACGAGCGUAGCGCACAGCCCAUGUAAGUAAAACCUUUCUGAAACACUAUCAAACACACAACAAAUAGGAAGCGAGAAAUCGGAUCUCUUUCCCCCUUGGUCGGGAAACGGUAGCAAAAUCACAGUUAAGUUUUCUAUUUAUUUACCGAGUGUGUAAUCGAUUUCCUUUUUGAUAUUAAUGAAGACGAUAAGUGGCAAGCAGGAAGGAUUCCCCCUCUCUCAUCACUAGCUAACAAACACACAGACACACACACACAGAAACACAGAAACACCUCGAGGGAGGAUGAAUGCUGAGAACAAAAAAAAUCAAAACCAAACCUGUAAAUAAAGUAUUUUAAUAAUAA